UAGUUUCUUGCUCUUAAAUUCGUAUGUAAAAAGUAUUGUUGUUGACAAAAAACAAACUACAUCAUACAACAACAUGGAAAUGUAGGAUGGAUUUAGUUCAGUGUACUGACCAAUUCGCUUUGAUUUGAGUUUCGCUGCCGCGAUCGCUGCCCGACUCUUCCACCCAAAAAACUAAAAGACGAGCGGAUUUUUGAACACCAUUUUAGUUGUUCGAGAUACUUUAACAAAACACUCCCGAAAUCCGGGUGACAGCAGCAGCAAGCGGAACAAACAAAAAAAUGUCCUUAAGCCUGAGAGUGCCUAGUGGAAGCCUAAUGGUGGUAAUGCUUCUAAUGCUGGCCCUAAUCAUCGAAGAUGUGCAUGCCAAUCGACGUUUUGGACAUCGUUUUAAAAAUUACGGAUGUACUGGAAAUGGCAGGAGAACCACUAGGCCCUCUUACAUAACGCGCAAAAUGCCCUAUAUACCUGUUCUGGCGCGGCGUGGGGAUAAAACUAUGGCGACAUCGCCGCCCUACCAUCCGCUUUACAUGCCAGAGCAGAGACGAUCCCGUCCAGUAUAUGAAGCCAGACCUAGCUAUACCCCCAUAAACUGGAACCGCAAUAAGAACGCCGAAGAUUACUAGUUCAAUACCGCCACCAAAGCCUCCUUUUCCUUAUUGUGCUUUAUGCUUUUGUUCAAUUAAAACAUUUUUUGUUUGAAAAUUGUAAUUAAACUUGAUUAAAAUAUCAAUAUAUAAA